CUCGCGCACUACGCGCAGCGCGUUCCAUUCGAUCGCUCGCGCUACGCUGCUAUUUCAUUCGUUGAGGACUCGUCACCCAGCCCCAGAAAAACAGAGCAAAUCCUUCGGCAAGAAAAUGGAUAUCAGUGGAGUUAAAGUUCUGGAGUCAGCCGAGGACAUCCAGGAGCGCCGUCAGCAGGUUCUUGACCGGUACCAUCGCUUCAAGGAGCUGUCCGUUGUGCGCAGACAGAAACUCGAGGACUCUUACCGGUUCCAGUUCUUCCGUCGAGAUGCAGAUGAGCUUGAGAAAUGGAUCCAAGAGAAGCUACAGAUCGCCUCUGAUGAGAACUACAAGGACCCCAGUAACCUACAGGGAAAGCUCCAGAAACAUCAAGCCUUUGAGGCAGAGGUGCAGGCUAACGCUGGGGCCAUCAUUAAACUGGACGAGACCGGCAAUCUCAUGACAUCUGAGAGCCACUUUGCAUCUGAAACCAUUCGAACCCGUCUAGAGGAACUUCACCGUCUGUGGGACCUGCUGCUGCAGAAGACUAAAGAGAAGGGAGUGCGUCUCCUGCAGGCUCAGAAAUUGGUGCAGUACCUCCGUGAGUGA